AUGGAUCCAAACUUGCCUACAGCAUGGAAGUUUCUGAUCCAAAUCACAGGCGCUCCUCAAGUCAAAUCAGCAAUAGUCGCGACCCUGCACUAUCAGAUUUGUUACCGCCUGCAGAAUCAUGCUUUUGAUCUCAACACUGGUCAUACUUCAAAUGAUUCAACCCUCUUUCUUCAUAUUGGUUCAGACCAGACCCCCACGGUCACCCAUGUUCCCCGGCAACUUAGCCGAGCAGAUAUCUUCAAAUUGGUCCCAGAUUCUUGGGUUUCAGCCUAUGAAUCGACACAUGAAGUUCAACCCACACCGCCUUUAGUAGCCACUGAUCCAACUUAUAAGGGGCUUGGAGAUGGCAGAACAGAGAUCACUUUCCCCAAACCAACUAAUAUGGGUCCUCUCUUUGCAUCUUCAGUUUCCCAGCUUGACCCCAGAUUGGAUGCUCCGAUUACGUCCUUUGAUGCUCAAGGCAACCCGGUCUACAGAUUUCAAAGCCCCACCAGCCAUAAGUAUUUUGAUGUCUGUGAUUGCCCAGACUGCCUUGAUGAUUCAGACGACGCUCCUCCAGUCUCCCCCAGAAGACAACGUCGGAAGCAACGAUCCAAAGAUCCGCUUUGGAUACGCUAUCAGUAG